AUGACCAAUUCUACAAUUAAAUGCGUUUUGGUUGGCGAUGGUGCAGUUGGAAAAACUUGCCUUCUAAUGAAAAAAGUGACUGGAAACUUUCCCACAUCAUAUAUACCGACGGUGUUUGAUAAUUACACAGUCCCCAUCGAAAUAGGAAAGACAACAUAUCGGCUGAGCUUAAUAGAUACAGCAGGUCAAGAAGCGUACGAAAAUAUAAGAAGGCAUGUAUAUCCGGAUACAAGCGUAUUUGUGUUGUGUUUCUCUGUGACUCUUCGAAGUUCCUUCUGCAACGUUGUAGACAAGUGGGUUAGAGAUAUUCGAUCGGUUUGUCCGACUACACCAAUUCUCCUAGUUGGAUGCCAAACCGAUCUCCGUGGAGGUUCCAACUCAACUGCGACUCCAUAUUCUGAAGGCAAAAAGCUCGCAAAAGAUAUAGGAGCGGUACAAUAUGUGGAAUGUUCAGCUAAGACAAAUGACGGUGUUGAUGAUGUUUUCAAUAAGGCCAUUCUGAUCGGUGCUGGUUUGAAAACUCGAAAGCGAUCCCGUUGCUCCAUAAUGUAA